AUGGCUUACCCGCAGCUAGGAUACCCCUACUCACCUACACACCAGUUCCUCAUGAGCACGAGCUCUCUGGCCAACUGCCUCGAGCCUGGUGGAAGGUCUCUCCUGGACUCCGGUGUGAUGCCUCCCUCUCCCCAGCCUCUCCGGUGCCCGGUGUACGAGAGCAGACUGCUCGGCUCCCCGGGCCAAGAGCUACCAACACCGGCUAUAGGUCUGGGUGUGUACGGAGCUGCCUAUGGAAAGAGCCAGGGGUACUAUGGCACCUGCGGAGGCGACGCAACAGCUUUAUAUGCCAGGGGAACAUUGGACUCCAAAGAUGGAGCGGCUGCGCAUGUGAGGGCCUCUCAAACCCCUGCUUACUAUCCGUACGAUUACGCAUUUGGACAGUAUCCAUAUGACCGAUAUGGUGCAGCUGCCCGGAGGAAGAACGCUACGAGGGAGACCACCAGCACGCUGAAGGCCUGGUUGCAGGAGCACCAGAAGAACCCGUACCCCACCAAGGGAGAGAAGAUCAUGCUGGCCAUCAUCACCAAGAUGACACUCACACAGGUGUCCACGUGGUUUGCCAAUGCACGGCGGAGGCUGAAGAAGGAGAACAAAGUCACAUGGUCACCACGAGCCAAUAAGAGCUCUGACGAGAGGGGCUGUGAGGAUGACAGCGACAGUGCAGAGGGAUCACAAGAGGAAGAGCCAAUCAAAAGCGAGAUAGAUGUUGAUGAUUCUGUAACAGGUAGGUGUGUGGACCUACAACAGAGUGAUCUGGAGGACUUUGAUCUGCUGGAGUCAGAUGGUUCUGACUGCGACCCUAAACACCGGUUUCACACCAAGGACACCCCAGUACACACACCACCGGACCACCGCCACCACCCCAAAGACCCUUCUACCAGCCCACUCAGACAUACCCCAGACACAUCCCGACAUGGGAACGAGCGGUUGUCACUGUCAGCAGACUGCCCCAAACACACACCAGAGCACGAACGAACAACCAACUCAUUCUACACUCAACAGGACCUGCAAAGUACAGAGAGCAGCAAACCUAAAAUCUGGUCCAUCGCACAAACUGCUGCUAUCCAACCUGAAUUCCCUGCAUGCAUGCACACAGCCACCCCCAGCGAGUCUCUCUCCCCAGGGGGGUAUCCAACUGAAGUACCCCACCUGAAGGUGGGGGCGGCUAGGCAGCAGGACUCGCCGGUGACUACCCUCAGAGAUUGGGUGGACGGGGUCUUCCACGACCCACUGUUCAGACAGAGUUCCUUUAACCCUGUGUUGUCCAAGCCAGCCAUGGACAGGGCAUGGAUUGGGUUAAAUAGACAGGUGAUGGAAGGCAGAACUCUGGGACAACGUUCUGUUGAACAUGUUACCUCGUCUUUGCAGAAUGUAUAG